GGCUGCCUGCCGUCCCAAAGCCCAGCUCUGACCUAGAGUGGUGGGCGCUCCACCUCCGCCACCGUCAUGGAAGCCAGGCGCCAGGCUACCAGACGGCAGCUGCGCCUACCCGGGGUCGUGCGGCUGGCUGUUGCCUGUCUGCUAAGCUGUCUGCUUGUCCCGGGCCAAGCCAAGAUCUACAGUCGCUGUGAGCUGUUCAAAGUGCUACAGGCUUUCGGCCUGGAGGGAUACCGGGGCUACAGCCUGGCUGACUGGAUCUGUCUUGCUUAUCAUGCAAGUGGCUUCGAUACAGGUUUUGUGGACCACGAACCUGAUGGAAGUACCAACAACGGCAUUUUCCAGAUCAGCAGCCGGACAUGGUGCCAAAAUAUCAACAAAAAAGGCCCAAAUCGGUGCCGGAUGUACUGUUCCGACUUGUUGAAUCCCGGCCUCAAGGAUACUGUCAUCUGUGCCAUGAAGAUAAGUCAAGAGACCCAGGGCCUUAGCAGCUGGGAGGCCUGGAGGCGUCACUGCCAGGGCCAGGACCUCAGCGACUGGGUGGAUGGCUGUGACUUCUAG